AUGGGAAACGAGGCGAGUUACCCCGCGGAGAUGUGCUCCCACUUUGACCAGGAUGAAAUUAAAAGGCUGGGAAAGCGCUUCAAAAAGCUGGACUUGGACAAGUCGGGCUCGCUGAGCGUGGAGGAGUUCCUGUCCAUGCCCGAGCUGCGGUACAACCCCUUGCUGCGGCGAGUGAUCGACAUCUUCGACACCGACGGGAGUGGCGAAGUGGACUUCAAGGAAUUCAUCGUGGGGGCUUCCCAAUUCAGUGUCAAAGGAAACGAGGAGCAGAAAUUGAGGUUUGCUUUCAACAUCUACGACAUGGAUAAAGACGGCUACAUUUCCAACGGCGAGCUCUUCCAGGUGUUGAGGAUGAUGGUGGGGAGCAACCUGAAAGACUGGCAGUUACAGCAGCUUGUGGACAAAACCAUCAUCAUCCUGGACAGGGAUGGCGACGGGAAAAUAUCCUUCGAGGAGUUCUCUGCUGUGGUCCGGGGCCUGGAGAUCCACAAGAAGCUGGUGCUAAUUGUGUGA